GGGCUGUCCCGGCUGCACCGCCCCGGCUGCGCUCGGCCUGGGCCCGGCGCGGUGCCGCUGGCGGCGGGGAGCGCCAUGGCGCUGGUGUCGGCGCUGAAGCAGAUGUCGUGGCUGUACUACCAGUACCUGCUGGUCACCGCGCUCUACAUGCUGGAGCCCUGGGAACGCACCGUUUUCAAUUCCAUGCUAGUUUCCAUUGUUGGAAUGGCACUCUACACAGGCUAUGUGUUCAUGCCUCAGCACAUCAUGGCAAUAUUGCACUACUUCGAAAUUGUGCAGUGAUGAAGAACCUAUCUUCAAGAAGUAACUGGGCUUUGAAAUCUGUUCUACAAAGAAGAAUGAACCUCUUAGUUUUAACAAGAUUUCUACCAAUGUCCAAAAGACACGCUUAUGACUCUGAAGACUAGGAAAUGAGAUAUGUAGAGCAGGGACAUGAGAUGUGAGAUGUCCCCUAUGUUGUGUUCAUUCCUUUUAAUUUUACAAGAUAUGCUAGUUUUGUCUACUUUAACAUUGUGAUUGUACUUUGAUAUCAGUAUUUUCUUAACUUUGUGACAGUUUCAAUAUUGCACUGUGAAUGCUUUUCUUAAUUGUAAUUUUGAGUAAAUCUUAAUUGCCUUCUAUUUUUAAUCUGAAAGUCAUCUUAUUAAAUGGGGCUUAAAGCUUUUGCUAUUGUAUGGUAUGUAUUUGCUUGGAGAUUUCUAUUAAUGCGUUUUGUAAGAAAAUACAUCUAGAUUCAUAUUAGAGACAUGGAUAUAUUCGUCUAACGCUAUUUACAGAAGUUAGUUUGUAUGACCGAACUCAGGUGUACUGUUUGCUGUCCAAACUUUGUUCAACAGUAUAUUUGUGCAUAUCGCCUAAAUUUGGAAUUGGCCAUUAUUUCAAUCUUCUGUAUUCUACCUGUUGGAGAAGGCUGGGGGAGAUGAAGUGGAGUGAAGACUGCAUUUGUUAUGUUUCAAGUAGUGUUGUAGUUCUCGGCUUUAUCUAGUGGGGGAAAAUGGACUUUACUGGCAUAGGCCCACAUAAGGCUUUGGGUUAGCAUUUUAAAUCAACCCUGUUUUUCUAGCUGCCAAUUCAAUUGUAAUUUUACAGGAUACUUUAUUAUGUUCCAAUGAUUAUGGUUUCUGCUAAUUUUCACUCAGCAGUGUAACUAUGUCUAGGUUUUAAAGGGGUUUUCUAUUGCUGCUAGUAUUCCAAACAUGUUUUCGCUACAAACGACCAAAACACAAGGGUUUCAAUGGACUUGAGUUACAACUACAGCAAUAAGUAGCUGAAUACUUGGCUGAAGUCCUGUCUUUUUUUUUAAUAGGGAUUUUUUUCAGUUUUGUAUUCUGAAAUGUAAGAUGGUGACAACUUUCUUAAGUGGACAAUUUUUUGUUGUUGUUGUUUAAAAAAUAAAGGUUUAAAAGCAGAGUUUUGAUGCAAAA